UGACAGCGAAAAGAGGAAGCGUUACAUUUUGUUGUUAAAUGAGAACAUUUAUGACGAACUAAUAGGUUGUUUAAUUCAAUAAAUGACAAGAAACGGCGUUCAAUCUACACAGUAAUGAAAAGGUAACUGUUUUAGGUAUCUAUGCAAAACGUUAGACGUAAAUUAGCACCGCUAAGGUUGUUAGCUUGGCCAACUAUAAACUUUGAAAAGAACAAGACAACGAAAAAGGUUUUUUCUAUGAGACACGUUGGUUCUUACAAGAACAUCUAGUAGGUCGUACCUCGGGUAUGAAUAGAAAACGGGCUCUGGUUUCCGACGCUUUCAAAGCGAAGAAAAGGAGAAAUGACACAGAACGGUUUGGGGCUGGUGACGAUGGUGGUGAACCAGCUGACAUGAAAUCCACCUUGGAGAACCUCAUGACUCUAUUUCCCAGAAAGCUCUUUAAUGACGCAUUGCCUCCUAUUGUACUGAAGCAUCAGUUGUACAGUGUACACAAUGACAAGACCCUGGUGGACAAGGAAGUGAAUAAACUCCAGGAGAGUGGGGAGCUGCUGAUGUUCCAGCUCGGGUUUGACUCUGAAGCAUUCGGGCUGGUGUUUGCGUCAGACUACAAGACCAAAGUACUGGCUGGCGAAGAGGGGAAAGCAACACAAGCAACUGUUGAAAAGUUCCUGGAGAAAGUGGUGUCCUCCUGCACAGAUCUGAGCUUCAGCAAAGACAAGAUGCUGAGAGAGUUUCUCUUCACAGACUCUGAGAUAACGCAGCUGGUGAAGUCCGGGGUCCUGACUGUGAGGGAUGCUGGCAGCUGGUGGCUUUCCAUUCCCAAUUCUGGCAAAUUCACAAAGUAUUUUAUUCAAGGACGUAAAGCAGUGCUUGGCAUGGUGAAGAAGUCUAAAUAUAACGAAGUGUUACGAGUCGAUCUAGAGGAACGACGAACAACCUCACACGUGAAAUUUCCUAUGAAAUAUCAUGUCCAUGAUAUUGUUGGGGCAGAAUUGGUAGAAAGCAUACCUACAACUUCGGGGACUUUGUUACGAUCUGCAGAUUCCUGAGCUGCUAUGGAGCAGCUGGAGAGUUUCUGAAGAUGGGAAAUAUGAAAAACAUCGAAAGGCUGAAACCUUUGGGAUGCCACUAAGUAAAUAAUCUUUUCACUUUAAGAUGUAAAGUUUGUGCCACAUGUAUUAUCAACCCUGUGUGGGUCAAUGAAUUGUACAUUUUAUUGACAUGAGAUUGUUAAAUGUUGGGUAUUCUUGUAAUAAAAAAUUACUGUAGACAUUUCUCUGAGAUGCAAGAUUAAUUCCAAGCUGAAAGAGUUGAAUAACUCGUACGUGGUGCCAAAUGCAUAUGUAUUCAUCCAAGACAUUUUAACUGCCUUCAGUUUAAAAAGUCUUAUGAGUUAAAUGACUUCCCUUUAGAAUCAGUCAGUAUGAAAUGUGUGGGUGAAUAAACGGCUGACUUGACAGUUAUUGACGUCCUCCAUGUUCUAAGCCACAUAAGCUUAAGCGUAAUUGUCUAAAAUGUAAAUAUGUGCCAAGGAAUCAAAAAAUAAAAUAAAAUUUCUGCAGCAAUGUUUUAAAAAUUAAAAAUGCUAAAUAAUCAUCCCAUUAAAAAAACAAAGGAAAAAA